CAGAACUGCUUCCCAGGACUGGGUCGGAUUUGGUCUCAACGGCCUGGUCUGGGAGAAUCACUCUGGACAUCUACUGUCUCGGAACUCUGCCAAUAGGGGGGUGGGUCAGGCGAACGAGCUUAGGGAGCCCCCGCCCUUCCCUGCUGCUCAGCGUCACGCGUGACGUCCCGGUGAUGGCUCGGAGGAAAGCGGAGAGCGGUGAGGAAGGCGGGUCUGAGAGCUUCUAGAGGCUGAAAACCCCGGAAAGCAAGAUGGGUGACCUGCCCUUAAAUAUCAACAUCCAGGAACCUCGGUGGGACCAAAGCACAUUUCUAGGCAGAGCCCGGCACUUCUUCACAGUCACUGAUCCCCGAAAUCUGCUGCUGUCCGGGGAACAGCUGGAAGCUUCCCGGAACAUUGUGCAGAAUUACAGGGCUGGUGUGGCAACCCCGGGUCUCACUGAGGACCAGCUAUGGCGAGCCAAAUACGUGUAUGACUCAGCAUUCCAUCCGGACACGGGGGAAAAGGUGGUCUUGAUUGGCCGCAUGUCAGCCCAGGUGCCCAUGAACAUGACCAUUACUGGCUGCAUGCUCACCUUCUACAGGAAGACUCCGACUGUGGUGUUCUGGCAGUGGGUCAAUCAGUCCUUCAAUGCUAUUGUGAAUUACUCUAAUCGCAGCGGGGAUGCUCCCAUCACUGUGCGGCAGUUGGGGACAGCCUAUGUGAGCGCCACCACUGGGGCUGUGGCUACUGCUCUGGGACUCAAGUCUCUCACCAAGCGCCUGCCCCCGCUAGUCGGUCGAUUCGUGCCCUUUGCAGCUGUGGCUGCUGCCAACUGCAUCAACAUCCCCCUGAUGAGGCAGAGGGAGCUUCAGGUGGGCAUCCCAGUGACUGAUGAGGCUGGUCAGAGGCUUGGCCACUCGGUGACUGCUGCCAAACAGGGAAUCUUCCAGGUGGUGAUAUCGAGAAUCGGAAUGGCGAUUCCCGCCAUGGCCAUUCCCCCGGUGAUCAUGAACGCUCUGGAGAAGAAAGACUUCCUGAAGCGCCGUCCCUGGCUGGGGGCGCCCCUGCAGGUGGGACUGGUAGGCUUCUGCUUGGUAUUUGCCACACCCCUGUGCUGCGCUCUGUUCCCUCAGAGAAGCUCCAUACAUGUGACCAGGCUGGAGCCGGAGCUGAGAGCUCAGAUCCAAGCACAAAACCCCAGCAUCGACGUGGUUUACUACAACAAGGGGCUUUGAGGGGAGUCGGCCUUUGUCCCUGUCCUUACCUCCUUAGGCUGCUUCUCUGAUGCCACCUUGCAAGGCUACCACCUGUUUAUCUUCUGGGUACUGGGCAAGGGGGCUUGAUGUGGGGAGCAGCCACUGCGACCAGCAACCUUAGACUGGGGGAGGCACCCCUAUAAGCCUCUUCUCUCCUCUCUGGUUUCAAAGAGCAAGUCACAAAACCCAUCCCUCCUGUGUUUGUGUGUGUGCACUGCCACAUAUGCAGCACAUGUAAGUGUUUAUACAUUUCAUCCUGGAAGCUAAGAGCAGAAAUGCUGCUCUAGGAUGUCUUGCUAUUUGUCUUCUCUUCUCAGUCUCCUGCCCACCUAACAGCAAGCCUGGUUAUGGGUGAGACUUCCUUCCCUAAACUGUUCCUCUAGCUAAGUCAUUUCUGAUAGCAUCUUAGCCUUCUGUGCCCAAGAUAAGCCCCAGGAUCCCAGAACAUGGACUGAAGAACAUCAGUAGGCUACCCAGAGCUUAACCCUUCAGGUUUCAAAUAGCUGGCUCUAAAAGCUGGUUCAGGACAUGGGCUGGCGGAGGAAGCAGUGUGGAAUCAAGGAGGCAGGGGGCUCAUGCUUGCUGGACCCCACACCCUAGAAUGGCUCCACUUCUCUCUUCUCGUGGACCAUGGGGGUGUCAGUAGCCUGCACUGCUCUCCACACUGCACUGUGGGUGCUUUUAGAGACCAUCUUGAGCAUUCUCGGUCUGUUCUGAUGAGUCAUGUCAUGACUCAGAAAUCCCACACUUCCAAUUCCUUCCCCCAAUCAGAAAGCCACACAACACAGGCAGAGCAAGCAUUCCCUUCAGGAACUGCCACCACCCGUACCCACUUGUAGGAGCUGGUGUGGGACCGGUGCUUAAACACAGGCCUCAAACGUACAGUAUCAAGACAGGUAAUUCUGUGUUUCAUUGACUCUUCUUAGACACACCCCCACCUCAGCUCCUUCCUUUCCAUCUACCCCGUCUCUGGAAGAACCCAAGGCUUCAUAUAUGCUAAGCAAUUGCUCUACCACUGAGCUAUAUCCCCAGUGCCCUCUCUCUC